UCUAAAACCGAAACCGAGUAGCGGCAUUUCAAACCCAAACCCACUUUUCCUUUUUCAGAAAAACACUUCACUUUGGCGCUCUUCUAAUUCUUAAUUAUUAUUAACAUGUUCCAUUAUUUUAACAUCACAAUCCUCAAUCCCCACUCCACACUCCACACCAUCGGAUCCUUCUUCAUUCUUCUCUCUGUGGCUCUUCUCUUCUCUGUUCCAAUACGUACCACUCUUAACGGAGAUGGAGACACGCGCCGCCACAAAGAGAAGAGCCACCGCCCCCACCCAACUCGAGAUUCAGCACCUCAAGAAGCAGCGUGUUGUCUUGGCCGAACUCCCCAAUUUACCCAACCUCAUUCAAUCCCCCAUUAACAACAGGAAACCCCAUUCCACCAUUGAAGCAAAAUCACUCAAGUUCCACGAUCCCAGUCUUAUUGACGCGCCUUAUGUUGCCGACAUACAUAGCUAUCUUCAUUCAAUGGAGAUGGAGAAGAAGAGAAGGCCAAUGGUUGAUUACAUUCAAAAAGUUCAGAAAGAAGUUACCGCUAACAUGAGAGGUGUAUUGGUGGAUUGGUUGGUAGAGGUUGCAGACGAGUACAAGCUUCUCUCAGAGACUCUUUUUCUCUCUGUUUCUUACAUUGAUAGAUUUCUAUCUAUAAACCCUGUUUUUCGAUCCAAGUUUCAGUUACUCGGUGUUUCCUCCAUGCUCAUUGCAUCGAAGUAUGAAGAAAUCAACCCUCCGAAUGUAGAGGAAUUCUGCUACAUCACUGAAGAUACAUACACGAAAUCACAGGUUGUACGGAUGGAAGCUGAGAUACUCAAAUCCCUAAAAUUUGAAAUGGGGAACCCUACUGUUAAGACCUUCCUAUCUAUGUAUUCAGGAAUUGCUUCUGUAGAUAAAAAAAUUAAGCAUUCUCAGGUUGAAUUUUUGAGCUGCUAUCUUGCUGAGCUAAGUCUUUUGGACUAUGAUUGUGUGAAAUUCUUGCCUUCUAUGGUAGCUGCUUCGGUUAUAUUUCUUGCCAGAUUUAUUAUCUGGCCUGUGGUGCAUCCUUGGACUUCAUCCUUGCGCGAAUGCUCCGGUUAUACAUCGCUUGAACUUAAAGAAUGUGUUCUGAUCUUACAUGACUUGUAUUUGUCGAGAAGGGCAGCAUCUUUAUCAGCUGUUCGGGAGAAAUACAAGCAGCACAAGUUCAAAUGGGUUGCAAAUCUGUCUUCCCCACCAAGUAUACCAACUUCUUACUUUAGAGAAGAGUGAUGCAGUAAGAGUACCUCAUUGAAUUUGUUAAGUGGUGGGAGGUUGCUAUGCUCCUCACAAGGUGCAUGGCAUUUUUAUCUAUGCUAUGAAAGGAGCUAUUAAUUUGGCAUUUGGCUAUCAACUUCAUUGGACCAAACACCAUUGGGAUUGGGAUAGUGAAUGGUGCUCAACCGCAUGGAUCUCAGCAUAUGGCACAACACAGGCCAAAUCAUUAAACAGUCGCAUGCAAAAGUGUUUUUCCAAUUUAUUGGUAGCGGAUUCUUUGAUGAUAAAAUAAUUCAUUAUUCAUUAAUUGAUUACUUUCAUAGAUUCAUAGUGUUGAAAUGUUUGCUCUUCAAUAUGGAUUCUCCAAAGUUUGAGAAUACGAUAUUUUCCCUCGGGUGAGAUGAUUUCACUAAAUAAUUUAACAUCAA